AUGGACAGGAACGCCCUGCUCAACCUUCUCUUUGAGAAAGACAGCUUCCUUCUCCAGCUCGACACGGGUCUCAGGGCGAAGGCACCUCGACCAACUCCACAGUCCAGCCAAGUUGGCAGUGCGAGCCAAUCCCAAAUCUCCAUACCUGCGCAGUCAGUGCAGCUCCAGCCCUCACAGCGAGAGUCUAGGGACCAAAAUGGGGGUUCAAGUGCUGCCCAGGCCACUGAAGCAGUCUCCAGAGACAUCGAAGGAAACACUACUCCCAUCCCCGUCGUCCCCAUCCAGGAUGACAAAACCUUCUGUCCUCUGAUGGCGGUCUCUCGCUUCCCCUACAGACACAUCAAAGGAGAACUCUCCCAGACCGUGGCCCGUAAGUUCUUCGAUGGGGGGAAAUUCUGGGAACGAACUUGGGACAUCUACUACAUCCAACCUCCUUCCCGUGUCUCACCCCGUGCGCUUCUACUCGUGCCGGCAGACCAAGUCCGCGCGUUCUUCAAGGAAAUCAACACAGCCUUACGGUGCAAUUUGACUAUCCCAGCGGAGAAACAGGGAAUGCAGCUCACUUUCGACAAUCCCAACCUUCCCAGCCCAAAAUUCCUGGGCCAGUGUACCAGUCGGCAGAUGAAAGACCGACUCGAGUCGCAGAUCCCUCCUGGCUCAACCCGCCUCUCCGCGCCGUCUGGCAUGGACGAGGAGUAUCUAGCCUAUGAGAGAAUGCUUGAUAGAGCUUGCAGCGCCACAAAGAACAAAAAGACCUCGAAAGCGAAGCAGCAAUCCCGUCUCCAGAACCAAAUACGCACGGUCGAGUGUCUCACCCGCCUGCAGAGCUACUUUGGGCUGCGGUCACACACAGACGAGACGCCAGCAGUGGACGGUGACAUGACUUGGGCGGGCCAGACGUACAAGCAGAUUGUCGCUGAGAAUCACGACGUGACCGAGUCUGCCCGCACUCAAAUACUGCUCGAUGUAAACAAGCCUGUUCCCUAUCUCUUCUGGAAAAUGCCCAUCUUCGUCUGCGUAGAUGUUGAGGCCAACGAACGCCGCCACUCAGAGGUGACCGAGGUUGGCAUCUCAAUCCUCGACACGAAGGACCUUGUGGGCGUUGCUCCUGGCGAACAGGCGAGCCACUGGCGAAAGCAUAUGCGGUCUCGUCAUCUACGUGUGAGCGAACACCGUCACAUUGUCAAUCGCAUCUACCUCGCGGGCUGUCCGGAGCGGUUUGACUUUGGCGAGAGCGAGUUUGUCUAUGAACGGGACUUGGGCGCCGCGGUGUUGGCGGCAAUUCAACCUGCGGCGGUUCAUGAGACAGGAAGUUCUGUGGGGACGGACGAAUCGCGUCAUCUAGUUCUGGUCGGACACAAUGUCGCGAUGGAUAUGCAGUAUUUGCGCGAGAUGGGCGUGCAUAUCGACCAGAAACCAGCGGGCACCGCGGGAUUCAUCGAUGUGGUAGACACGGCGGAUUUCUUCCGGAUGCUUAGACGCGAAGAGACGCACCGGUCGUUGGCAAAGGUCCUCCAUGAGCUGGAAAUGACUGGGUGGAAUUUACACAACGCGGGGAACGAUGCGAGAUACACCUUGGAGUCCGAGAAAUAUCUCGACCCGACAAACAGCGCAAUUCGACAUAGAAACAAGUAUGCAAUCAUCGGCGGCGGGCCCUGCGGGCUGACCUUCGCCCGCUUCCUCGAACUCGCCGGUCUCGACUACGUCGUGUUCGAGCGCGACCCCUCGCCAGAACACACACCCCGAUUCCAAGGCGGCACGCUCGACCUCACAGCCGAAGGCGGGCAAGCCGCCCUGCACCGCGCCGGCCUGACGACCGAGUUUGAGAAGCUCGCCCGUCGCAACGCAACCAUCCUCACUAUCCAGGACGCGCACGGGAACCACCGCACCACCGUCGGCGGCGCGGACAACAACCGCCCGGAAAUCGACCGCCGCCAGCUGCGCCGGCUCCUGCUCGACUCGCUGCCGUCUCAUCGCAUCCGCUGGGGGAAGGCGCUGCAGCGCGCGGAGCUGGAGCCCAGCCACAAGGGUGCGGCGACAGCGCAAGACUGGGUGCUGCGCUUUGCGGACGGGACGAGCGAGAGCGGGUUCCGCUUGAUUGUUGGCGCGGACGGGGCGUGGAGUAAACUGCGUCCGUUGUUAACCCCCGCGACACCGCAAUACUCCGGCAAAACCUUCAUCGAGGGCCGUCUCUCGCCCGGCAACCCGGCCUACGCCGCGGCCCUCGACAUGGUUGGCGCAGGCAACUCGCUCGCCAUCGGCGCGGGCCGCUGUCUCUGCGUGCAGCAGAUGUCCGAUCAAUCGUACCGCGUGUACAUGGGGGUCGCGGCGGCGGAGAGCCUGACGCGCGCGGGCGGCGCCGCCGACGUCGCGGAUAUGGCGAAGGCUCGGAGAACGGUGGAGGGCAUGUUCGCCGACUGGGCGCCGCAUUUGCGCGCGUUCGUCGCAGCCGCGGAGGAACCGUGGCGCCCGUGGCCGCUGUACCGGCUUGAUGCGGAUGUGUUUUUGCCCGGUGCGCAGUGGACGCGCACGCGGGGCGUCGUUCUCCUGGGCGAUGCGGCGCAUGUGACGACGCCGAAUGGUGAGGGGGUCAAUCAUGCUAUGCUUGAUGCGAUGGUGCUGGCGGAGCGGAUCUGCGCUGAGAUUGAGGGUGCGGAUGGGUAUGAAUAUGACCGGGAGAAGGACGCUGCGGCGCUGGAGCGCGCGAUUGUCGCGUACGAGGCGGAUAUGUGGCCGCGGGCGCGCGAGACUCUGGUGGAUAGCCUGGCCAUGGAGGAGAUGAUGUAUGUGGAGGACGGGGCCUUGCAGAUGAUCCGGAUGUUUGAGUCGUUUAAGGAUUUCAAAGAGGCAGCCUAG